GUGAGCUCUGCAAACAAUAAAUUUUAACACAGAUUGCCUUUCCUUAACCUAUGUCGAAGUUGCACACCUUCGAUAUUUACCUACAUCCAGACCCCUCCUACACCACGUUCACCCCCGGGUAUUGGGCUGCUCCUUAUGUUCGAGAACCAAUCGGAUUGGUUCUAUGAGUACAACACACCUGUAUGCACUCCCUGUAGAUGUCAACCUGUUAAGUGAACAUUCUGGACUAUAAAAAUGACACCACUCAAAUUGCUCAGGAUCAGUUCUUCAAAUGCCUCAGUACUGCAUACCUAUGGAUCUAACCGUAGAAUUUAUCGAUUCGGAAAACGAGGUUGAGAUUGACAACCCGGAAUUACCACCCACGCAAGAUUCUGAUCUCGAAAUAAUCGAAAACUCGGAUCUGGAACUUGUGCAGGUUUCCGAAGCAGAAGAUUCGGUUGAUCGCCUUCUACAAAGCGUAUUUCAACCGGCUGCAUCGUCGACCCAAAAUAGGGACCCAGGAUUGGAGUCUCUUGAGUGGAGCCAGUUUCCAUUGGGGACUACAACGCAGUCUUUCUUGGAAUCCCUUAUCACACACGAAGAAGGUGAAGAUGUAUUUCAGUGCGCACAGGAAUUUCAAUUGGACGACGACCUAUCCAGGCCAGAAGAUGAGGUUUUUCCUAACGACGACCACAUCUUUGAAGAACUUAUGGGACCUCAACCGCCACCGACUAACCAUUAUUUAACUUUGCUGGAUGAUGGAGAUGACGACGCAUUACUAGAUGUUUUAUUUGACCUAGAUUCUUAACUUUUUAAUUAUAAAUACACCAUGCAUAAAGAAAAAUAAAGUAAAAACUAUUUUAAAAUUGA